AUGUACGUCUACCCCAAGCGUCGGUUGCUUCAAGGAAUGGAAAGCGAGAUAUGGAAGCUGGUCUCGUACGGCGCCACACCACAACAAUGGAAGGAGUGGCUUCGAGUUCCGCUGGAGCAUGCAGCCGCCCGAGGCAAUCUGAACCUCGUCAACUCACUGCUUGAGGCCGGUGCGGACGGAAGUGCGGGAUGGCGGGGAUGUCUCGACCGUACUCUUAUCGACGCAGCCGCUCUCGGUGGAAGCGAGCCUGUUGUGUCUGCCUUGCUGCGAGCAGGAGCUCAGCCGGACGUGAACACCGUGUCUAUAUCCAGCAAGAGGUCGGCUCUAUACACGGCGACGGUGUGCGGCCACGAACACGCAGCCAGAGGGCUUGAUAGGAUCGUGUCUGCCCUCUUGCUCAGAGGGGCAUACACGGAUGCUCAGGAUACUAGCGGCGCGACGCCCCUCAUCUACGCAUGCGGGUCUGGCCAUCUGUCCGUCGUGAACACUCUUUUGGCUGCCGGCGCCGAUGUGGACAUCAUCCGCGAUGUUGACAGCUACUCCGCGCUCGACAAAGCCGUUUGCAAUGGCCACAUUGACGUCAUUGGAGCACUUCUGAGACAUGGGGCGGACGUGAACGCUUGUGACGAUGCUGGUUUUACUCCACUUCACCUUGCUGCUCAAAAAGAUCAGCCCGGUGCGAUUGAUGCGUUGAUCCAGGCAGGGGCCAACACCGAGGCCAGCCGGGGCCGUCGGUGGACGCCCCUGUUCUCUGCGACGGAGUACUGCAGUUUCAAAGCCGUGCACACUCUCCUGCGGCACGGCGCAUCCUUGACAGCGCAAGACACGGAUGGAAACACGCCGUUGCACCGGGCGUGCUACUGGCGGGAUAAAGGUAUGGAGGCGACCGUGGAUCUGUUGCUGCGAUGGGGAGCGGACGAAACAGCAGUAAAUAACGCUGGCCAGACUCCGGUCGAUAUGCUCGAUGAGCACGACGAUGAGAAUGAUGGAACAACAUGUUCCGAAGCCGAGUUCGAGCGGGUGCGGCUGUUGCUGGCUCGGGCUCCGGCCAAUCGAGCGUGGCGUCACCGUUGUUGGCUCGUGAUGCUGCGCUCUUGCGCAAAGACAGCGAGAGCUAACAGCGACGCAACCGGUGAUGCGGAUGAAGAUUCAAACGAUGCUCGUGACAGGAAGGUCGGAAAGUGCAAGGGGGCGAGGAGGGAGAAUGGGGAGAGCGCUGGUGGUGGGGUGCGCUCUCGGAUGAACGGCGCCGGCGAAGGUGGAGUCGAGCGUAGGGCGGGAGGCUGGGCGAGCGUUGUCGCCUCUGUGAUAGGGCUGGGGCCGGAGGAGGUGUUUCGCUCGAUUGUGGGCUUCCUGUGA